AUGCUGCCACCCCUCAGCACACUACCCCUACCCUCUGCACCCCCUGGUCGCCUUGUGCCAGUAGAUCCGGACUUUGAUGAGGGCCAGCAGGAGAGGACUCAAGUCCACUCCUGGACCCACGCACAGAAGCCCCUUUCAGCUGCCGGCUGCAGGCUGGGACCACGCGGGGGGCGGAGGCGCCCAGACCCGACUGCGGAGGCGAGGUGCCGCAGAAGCCCGCGCGCGCCACUUGGGUCCCCGGCAGCAUGCGACGCAGAUGUGUCCCCGACCCGCCUGCGCAUCGCCGCCCCCAGAAGCCUCAGACGCCCCGCGCUCUCUGCCCCCGCCGUCCUCGCCUACCUUCGGUCGCCUCUCCGCUGCGCCCGCACAGCCUGCCGCCCGCCUCCGGCGCUCUGCAAAGCGAAGGUGGACGCUUUGUUAGGGCGCGACGCGACUCGAGGGGGCCACGGCGCGCGUCCCCCACCCCCGCCCGCCCCCGCCGGCGCAGUCCGCGCCUCCACGACCCGCCCCUCCUCCGCCCCCGCAGCCGCCCCCUCCCCGCCCGGUCCCCGGGGAGCGUCCCGACCCGGCCGCCCGCCAGGCCACCCGCUUCCUCGCGGCCGCUCCCCGCGCCUGGCCCGCGGAGACCGCUCCCGCCCUGGCCCCGAAGGAACUGCCCUGCCCGUCCCGUGCCGGGUACGUGCCAGGCGCACAGAGCCCCACCGACGACGCGAGGGCAGGGCCAGGCCUCCGCGCACCCCCAGGCCGCGGGGGCCGGGGUCCCGGAAGCGGGCUGCACGCUCACCGCGCGUCCCGGGGCUCAGGCGCCGGUGCCCGCCGCGGGGACCAUGGCCGCGGGCGCACUCAGGGCUCGCACGCGCCGGCUGCGGCAGCGGGACAGCCGCGCCCUGCGCGCUCGGCUCCGGGCUGUGCCACGGCGCCCCGGAGCUUCGGACGCCGGUUUGGAAGGGCCAGGCCCGCGCGGAGAGGAGGAGCCAGGGCGGCGCCGGCCGGGGCGCGGCUCCUCCUCCCCGACCCGGGCCUCCGGGACUGCGGGGGGCGGAGCGCCUGGCGCCUCCGGGGCCUCGCUGGGUCUGCGCCCCUCACCUUGAUCGGGACUGCGCCCUGGUCCCAACUGCUCGGGGUCGCGGAACCCGGAGGAGCCUGGUCCGAUCUUGUCUGCUGCUGGGAAGGUCGCCGUGGAGAUUUGAACUUGGAAAAGACAGGACUCCAGGGGGUGUAGGCGGAGACCAGCGCCCCGAGGUCGCUGCCGCACAGCGGCCGGCGCAUCCACCUUUCCUCCCCGGGCCCGCUCGCCUCCCUUUUCUCCCAGACGCGCCCUCGCACACGCCCGGCACACCCCGCGGCGCCCCGGACAGCCGGGGGCCACUUCUAGGUGUGGAGGAAGGGCCCGCCUCCAGCCAGCGGUACUUUAAGUUUGUCUGCCUCCGAUGCCAUCUCUCAUCUUAUGAAGAGCCUUGUUCUGGGACCCAGGAUCCUUCAAGUAUUUGCAGAUGAUGUUUUUGAGUGGCCUUCUGCUGCAUUUUUCAGUUUUAAACUGGCUUUCUCAGACGAUUAAAAACUCUAAGACGUUAAGUAAAGAGUACUCCAGUGAAGAGAAAGUUACUAUUUCUUCCUGAAAGUAACUUUGUAAUGAUUAAUUUAGUCAGGACAGCAAAAAAAAAAAGGAAGUAAAAGCAAAUUCAGACUUUGUAAA